CAGUUUCACCUAGGCCGUGGUCGGAUAGUCGGUAGUCAAAGUCAGUCAGUAUCCGAUUCUCCGGAGACCGAGUCAGAAGUAGAAAUUUCUAAGGUGCUUACUCUAGUUUCCUCGAUCGGGGUCGUUCUAGUAAAGAGAGUGCUAUUACUGCCUGUGUGUACUACACCCGUUGUAUUUAGUAGUUGGGAAAAUUUGUCGCCAAAAUCGCAGUCUUUUUCGCUAUCGAAACAUAAGGAAGAAAAAAUCGCAUUUACCGACGUCUUUUUAGUCUGCGCCUACUUGUUUGUCACUGCAGACAUUCGAUGAUCUGCAGCACGUCGCUCCCGUGAAAGAUCAACUCUUCCGGUUCCGGUGCGUUUAGUUCUGAAUUAAUCAGCGUUGGCAUAAGUGUUUCUACGGAUUUCAGCGUUCCAGGACAGGCUAUAGUGGACGGUUUAUCCCCUCGUACUCUUGUGUAUUUCGAUUCGUGGAGAGUGUGCCCGUAGCUGUCAUAGCAACGCUUUCCGCGCUCCACCAUUUCCGUGGCGUUGACUCUCCGGCCAGACGAGUGUGUGUUGAGAAGAAAAUAAAAAAAAUAGAAUAAUCUGCCAGCCACGACUGUUGUCAAGUGUGUGCGUGAAACACGGACGGACGGUACACGGCAAAGCAAAAAGAGCAAAACCUUCAUGUUUUAUAUUUUUUCUUUCUGCUCGUUCGGUUUGCAAUCUCCGUCGCUCGAAUACGAGUAGAAAAUCGUAAUCGAGGAAAAAUCAGUGCGACGGUAAGAAAAAUACAAACUUAAUAUAAAAGCAAAUAAAAAUAUAUACAAGGGCUAAGUAGCGAGUAAAAGAAGAAAGUCGCGUGAGAGAAGUGGUGUCCCAUCAAGCUGUAGCGAAAAAAUAAGUGAAAACACAAGUUGCAAGUGAAGAAGUAGUGCAUAGAAAAGCUGCUAAAAGUGAUACGCCUAGCAGCGAAGCAAAAGGAAAAGGGUUUUUUCAAGUUUCGCAUUAGAGGAGCAGCAGUCGCUAAUUUAUUUUUUUGUCGGCAUUGUGAGUGCGUGAUUCCGCGAGUGCUUAUCAGUAAUAGUUCCGCGAGUUCUGUCGGUAGGCCGCUAGUGAAAAAUUUCCCUUGCCAAUCGUAACUAAACAAAGCAAAUCAAUGAUCAUGGCGUUCAAUGGAAACGGUGCCGGCGGUGGCCAGGACGGGCCGCACAACAAACGCCUCUGCACCGGUCAGGAAAUGAUCGAGACGGUUCCGCUGAAUAGUCGGAACAACAACAACAACAUCAACGUGACAGACGAGCCUCGGCGGAAGCGCGAUGUUGCAACCAGGCCAAACCAUAUUCUGCUGUUCACCAUCAUCAAUCCCGUCUAUCCGAUCACAGUGGACGUGCUACACACCAUCUGUCAGCCCAACGGACAAGUGCAGCGUAUCGUAAUAUUCAAGAAGAAUGGAGUCCAAGCGAUGGUUGAGUUCGACAGCAUCGAGUCAGCCACCCGAGCUCGUGAGUCACUGAAUGGUUGUGACAUUUAUUCCGGCUGCUGCACCCUGAAGAUCGACUAUGCCAAGCCAGAAAAACUCAAUGUUUACAAAAACGACACGGACUCCAGUUGGGACUACACAUUGGCAGCUGCCAGCAAGGAAGCCUGCAAUGGUCGGGCACCGUUGCUGCACGAUCCGAAUAUUUUCGGCGGAAGACCCACCCCGUACAAUGAUCGUCAACAAUUAGAACCAGCUCUCUUGGGAGCCGGCGGAGGCAAUGGAUUUGCACCGAACUUCCCACCGGCAGAAUUCCACCCGUCGGAGAACUGGAAACCGACCCCGGCCGGAACACACGUUGGACUGAUGAAGGAUCCACCCCUGACUCGGAACGGGCCGGCCAACUUCAUUCAACCGGCACAGCAACAGGGUGCAGUAAUGAUGGUGUACGGGCUUGACAACGGAACAGCCAACACCGAUAAGCUGUUCAAUUUGUUCUGCUUGUAUGGAAAUGUCGUCAGGAUAAAGUUUUUGAAAACCAAAGAAGGCACGGCCAUGGUACAGAUGGGAGAUGCAAUUGCAGUGGAACGCAGCAUUCAGCACUUGAACAACAUUCCAAUCGGAAAUGAUGGCAGCAAAAUUCAGAUCGCAUUUUCCAAGCAAAAUUACUUGUCAGAAUCAACCAACGCGUACACCCUUCCGGACAACUCAAUCAGCUUCAAGGACUACAGCGCCUCCAAGAACAACCGCUUCCUAUCGUUGACCCAAGCCAGCAAAAAUCGCAUUCAACCACCGAGCAAGAUUCUCCAUUUCUUCAACACCCCGCCCGGUAUGCCCGAGGAACAGUUGCUGGCUGCUUUCACCAGCAAGGACUGCCAUCCGGCCCAGGUGCGAAUGUUCCCGCUGAAAUCGGAACGCUCCUCCUCCGGAUUGGUUGAGUUCCCCAGCGUGGCACUGGCAGUGAACGCCAUCAUGAGAUGCAAUCACACCGCUAUGGAUCACAAAGGCACAAAAUUCCCGUUCAUCAUGAAGCUGUGCUUCUCCUCGUCUAAGACAAUGAACGCUGCAUGGAACAACGAAAACAUCGAAAAUAUCAACAACCUCGGUGUGCAGGGUCACUCGAUGGCACAGGCAGCACCCGGUUCGUCCAUCGGCGGUGUGAUGUCAGCGGUCAUCAAAAUUGAGGACGAGCCAAUGUAAGCCAGCUAGCCAAGAUGCACCGCGUGAUAUGGCAGCCGAAGGUAACUCCAAAACACCGAAGAAAUGGUUCGUCAGCUCUCAUCACCCCACCAAAACCACCACUACUACUACUGUUGCUGCUACCAAACAGCGCCGUCAUAUUCGUGAAAGGUCCUUCCCUUUUCCGCCCCUCUCUAAAUGAUGAAUGAUGGUCAAUGAUACCGGCGGUCUCCGUACCGUUUCAUAUACACAAAAAAAACAACUUACUACAAAUAUCAAAGAUAGUUAAGGCAAAGUCCAACGUCCGAUAACAUAACGAUAACUAUAAUCGCCAACAAAGAACUGUUGUUUUUGUCAGCGGGCAACAUUCAGAGCAUGUGUCAUUCACCUUAAUCAGAAUUGUUAGUUUUUUUCGAUCAGUUCAAGUAGUAGUUAAUUGCACAGCGAAAUGUUACUCACGACUUCAUCUUGUUUUUUUUUAGAAAAUUUGUCUUUUCUGCAUCUUUUGAGGUAAAUUCUCACAUUUUUCACACACACACUUUACUAUGGCGACGGCGAAGAACAGAAGAGGAGGCAGUGAAGAAAAUUGAAAAAAGACAUUAUUUAUUGCUUAGACUAAGGCAAUUAGAGAAGUAGGUUUUUCUUUUUUUCUUUUCACUUUUUUAUUUGUAGCCGCAGAGAAAUCUAGCUGCAUUGGAUUCAAAAUUAUGGAUUUUGUUGUUUUUUUUCUAUAGGUAAUAGAAUUUGCUUUUUCUUUUAACUGGCUCAAUGUUGUAGAUAAAACAGGAAGUGAACGAGAAAUAGGUUUCUCGAUUUUAGUUCUGCGCUAACUGAAGCGCGAAGAGUAAAAUUGAAGGAAAAAAUUGAAUUUGUUGACCUAUUUUAAAUUAAUUGAGAGAGUAAAACAUAGAGGAAUUAGUUUCAAAUUGUAUUGUAAGAAGGAGGAAGCAAAAACAGAAAAAAACGGAAAAGUCAAAAAACUACAAAUUUGAACAUUUAAUUUAAACAUUAAGUUAGUUAGCGUAACGAUAAAACUGUAUAGAUUUUUGUUUAUUUGCAGCAAGUUUUUCUAAAACAACAAUCAUCACGCUGUUUGACACAACACACACCUACAUACAUACAUAUACAAAACAUAAACAUAGUACACUAGCCCACUAAAGUAUAUGGAUAUCGUCAAUCUGUUACAUACACACACUACGAGAAGUGAAAUUACAUUAAAACAAUUUACGAACACACCCACACUGGCAGCAUGUUUCGGAAGAAUCUAACGCCCCCUUCCCACUUGACCGGCCAAAAAAUGCAUUAGCGUUGCGAAGGGGGAGCUACUGUUGUUUUAUUUUCGUUUCGCAGUCACUUGUUUUUUAUUUUUGUUAGUAAUGAAGCGAAACGGAAUGACAAUUCAAACUGGGAAAUUUCCAAACAAUAUAAAAUACAAAAAAAAACAUAUUUCUUCAAAUGUAACUUAGUUGUUAAGACUUAGCUCAUUUUUGUACAUUUUUAUAAAAAAUAAGGUAAACAAAAUCUUCGUUUUUAAGGCUAGACGCAACAGAGUGAGACGAACGCAGGCAAGCGAACGAAAACAGUUGAUUAUUGAUAUUUUCCCUCCCCCAUUUAUUUCCCGCGGACGAUAGUUUGUUGCUUUUGUUUUUUUUUUAAAUUAUCGAUUAUGUUUUUGUUCCUCACCGCUUCAGUUAUCGUUAAAAUCUUUGCGUAAUAGAAAAGCCCACGAUUGAUCGGGCAAAGCCAGAUUUUCACAAUCAAUUUUUUGAAACUACGAUAGCCAAAAAUUAGGAAGCAAACAAAACAGAGGCAAAUGGAGGAGUUUAUUUGUUGUUGAAAUAAAGACGCCACGAAGAAUUAAACUAUUUUUGUCCAAUCGAUUGUGAAAGUUACGUCCGUGUGUUUGCGCUGAUUUUACCUUUCAUUUCGUCUUUCGUUCUAUUGUUCUACAGCUAUAUUUUUUACUGUUUGUGUUGGUGUUCUUAUUCGUUUUAUUAUUUUCAUAGAAAAUUCGUUUACUAUUUUCAGUUCAGAAGCAACAUAUCCCACACAAAUUUCCAAAAACAAGCAAAAAUCACACAGCAGAAACAUAAUUCGAGGAAUACUGAACAGAAGACGCUAACUUUUAAGCAUAUUACCGAGAAGAGAAGAUGAUGCAUAUAUAUUUACAAAAGAAAUUGACAGAUUCAACCAAACGUUCUUAAACCUAUUGUAUAAAUAACGAGAAGAAAAUAAUCAAUAAUGUAUGGUGGUCCAAUGUUGAACAAAUAUCAUUUCAUUAUUAUUGAAAGUAUAUGCGAAUAAACACAACAAGAAUUAACCAAAUACAAGCUAAAUAAAUUUUAGUGAAAGAAGCAGUUAAUGCAACAGACAAACUCGCGAGAAGUUCUAUACAGCUUCCCGUCGAAAGUAAAAUAUCGUAGUAAAGACAGUGUCUAAAAAUAUCAUUUUAUCCAAACAAAAAACACACACACACUGAAACUAGUUCAUAAUGAAUAAGCACUGUUUGACGAUUCAGAACAAAAACAAAACGAAAACUCAAUUAUUAGUUUAAACGGGCAAUCAACAGAUCUAAUUUGUUUAGAAAUGGUCCAUCGCAAAUGCUCGUGUUUAUCCAAGCGAUCCACCCGACCCCAUCAACCGACGUUGCAAGGGCCAGACUCUAUUCCGAUUCCGACAUGUAGUUGCAAUAUCAUUAUUCCGACUUAGUUGCAAUAUCAUUAUCGUUGUAAAUUAAAGGCUGUGGAUGUGUAAAUGUUUUGUUAUGUAUGUGCGUAAGGUUACAGUGUAGCAAAAUGAAGAAUAAGAAGAAGAAAAACUAUCAACAGCUGGUAAAUUUAUCAAUAUAAGUUUGUCUCUUUGUUGAGUCGCGACCGUUGUCGCGCAAGGCGCGCGAGAGCGAAAGCAGCAUCUUUGUUAGUUGCAAUUCUAUAACUGUACGGUAGCAGGCAUCAUUAUUAAGUAAACUACUAUUUAAAACAAGAAAACAAAAAAUCGAAAGGCGCUAAUUAGACGAUAGAGGACAACAUAAUUAAUAUGUAUCAACACCGGAAAGCAAUCAGUGACAAAACAGUGUGACUGCGCGUGGGUGGGUAUGUGUGUCUGGGUAUGUGCGACAGACACAAGCGUACACACACAUAAAAAUUCACGUACACGAAUGAAAACACAAGAAUCAAUACGUAUGUAGUAGCUAAAUAUCUUGAAACUCGUUGCUCAAUCUAAUGUUUGAUUUACUGUUUGGUUUUGUCUUAUGUUUUUGCGUGUAGAGUUUGUUGCUUUACUAGUUAUUCCAUAAUCUGCUCACUGGAACAAAUACCACAUUAGUUGGUUUACGGAUGCUACAAGAGGCAAGAGGAAGUUCAAUGAAGUACUGUCUGCAUUUGAUAGGGUAUAACUUAAAGGAAGUUGGGUGCAUGGAGUCAUCUUGUGUCGACUGGUUUGAUGAAUCUCAUCUUACCUUUUUUAAUUGUCUAAAGUAUUUUAAUUAUCUUAUUUUCCUGAUCGUCAUUUUGUUAAAUUCAUCUCUGGUUAGUAUCACACUUUGACUACCUUACAACUUAUUUCGUAAGUUUUCCGCAUAUACUUCUCUUUUAAAGUUUCAUGUUUCUUAGAUAUUCAAUUUCUGCGUUCUGUGUUCUAUGGCACAAUACACAUUUCUCUUUUUUUCGAUUGUUCGGUCACUAUUUUUUCGAAGUCGUGAUUGAAAUAAAAAUCAGUUUGCGUUCUAACCUAAAAUAUACAUGUCAGGUUCACUCACACCGCCACAGUUUCGCGAGAAUCAAGCACUCCCUCAUAAGACCGUUCGCACUACCUCUUCUAUUUGAAAACGCUAAGGGUACCUUGGUGCUUUGCCAGUAUAAUCCAUCAGGAUUCGUUGUCGUAGAGGAUAGCCGGUCUAGUGAGCGUUUUGUAUAUGGUUUGCUUCGGACGGUACAAUGUUCGACCGAAGGGCUGUUCGAUCUAUCUGAACUUCUCUGCUGAAUACACGAACUUCUCGACCAACCAAGCCCUAGUAACAAUUAAGGUUUUAUGGUACUGUUCAAGCCUUCCCUAAAAUUUAGAUUACACGAAGUGUGCUAUAAAACUAGAAAUGCUACUUCGACGAUGCCGUAGCACAGCAUUUGUAUCUGUACGGCUUUUAAUGUCCUGCUAUUAAGCAUUGAAAUUGCUGUCAAAUCAGUUGAACGAUGUCCACGUUAGAGACGAGCCUGUUUAGAGCGGACCAUUAUUUACAAUGAACCUACAUCCGUUAUGUAGUAGGGUCGAUGUACCAAUAGUUUUAUACUUAAGCAAAACGGCUUCGUGUAUCGUAAAAGCGAAAGACGGCGCUUUAUUUUGCGAUCCAGUAUAAUCUCUUCCGGGAGUAAUUCUGCUAUCAAAUGUGUCGCGGAACUGCCCACAAAAAUAGUGACCUUUAAUUACUCUUGACAACGACUAUUAUUCAAUACAGAUGCCAUCGCUUUGUUAAUUGCUUUCAUGUUAUUCUCUACUAACCCUUAUUGCUGUGGGAGCAGUGGUGUGGAGAUUACUGUUUGAAUGAUUCUAUCUGAUCAGAAUUGCUUAUAUUCGACGCCAUCGAACAGUGGUCCAUUAUCAGACCGGAUACAUCGUAGAAAUCUUUCCUUUUCGAAAGCCUCUAGAGCUCUUCUGUAUUCUAAAAGCUCAUUGAUUUGAAUAGACGUGCGAUCAAGUAUUGUGAACGAUAGUCGAUGAUGACAAUCUUCGGGGCGAAUAUCCGAAGCAUUGGAAUGUGUUUUUAGGUCUACCAUUCGUAGUACAAAUUUGGUAUGAUCUAAUCCACACCCUCAAAAUCUUGAUUUAUAGAAAAAACUAACAACUUAGCUAUAUUAUGUUCUUUUGUUCAAAAUACAACGCGGUUUUGAGAUGAUAUAUGAAAAUAAUAAUUCUGCAUUUUUUUUUUAAAUUGCUCAAUAUUUUCAUAAAGAAGCGUUUUUGCUUAACUCUUUGCACAGUGGUACGACUUAGAAAAAAAGGUGGACUAAAGUCGGUUCAAAUAGGACGGUUUUAUGUACUUUUGGUACGCUGAAUUCGUUUUUGAUAUUAGAACAUUUUAAAAAUAAACAUUUACUAUUCAUUAGGGUGUCUCAAAAAUAUAUUUUUUUCUAAAUUGUUCUUAAAAUUUCUCGACAAACAUAUGAUUAGGGCCUAAAAGCCAACUGUCAAAAUCCACUUUGAAUGGAAAUUCCGGACAAACCGUUACACGCCAAUCACAAAUGUUGGUAGUAAACGAAAGAGAAAAGUUUUCUCUUUCAUAAACUGUUGUGAAUUGUGUUCGACUAGUAACGCCUUAAUCAUAUGUUUGUCGAGAUUUGUGCAUAUUCAUUUUCGUGUGCCUAAAGAAAUUUUUGUGCUCUGAAUUCCUAUUUUGCUUUUAAAAAUAAAAAUUAGCUUUACUACUUAUUAGAGUGGUUCAAAAGUAAGUAUUUUGUCUUUUAUAUUGAUUUUUUUCAAUAGUAAUUUUGGAAUUUAUUUUCCAUAUUGAAACGAAUUGAUUGACUUCUCAUUACGGGGAUUCAGAAAUGACUAUUUUGUUUUUACGGAUCAAAUAACAUGUGCUCGACUAAUUUUGGAACGUUUAAUUCAUUAGUGGGUUUUGAUAUGAAAACUACAUUUUGUUUCAUUUUCAAAAAAGCGUCAUAGUGGAAUGUUUAAUUACGUUCACUAAUCACUAAUCAGUAGUUUGCUAAUCAACAAGAUGGUUAAAGAUUUUUUUUUCGCAGGUGUGUUUUAAGUUACUUAGAUUGCUUAUUUCAUAUCUUAAAUAAAAAUAAAUCCAAACCCCUUUUUCGCGUUUAAAAAUGAUCAUAUUUUAUAUGAAUAAUAUCGCAGCUAUAUCAGUGCUAUGAAAAUUCGGAUCAAAAUAGUCUCACCAAUUGACCAGAACUCAACUCUGUUCACUCAAUUUGGCAGCUAUUGCGUAACUUAGCAAGAAAUAGUUCCAGAAACAUUUUAUGAUAUAUUUCAAAUGGUUGAAAAUAUUUACUGAUUUUUAAACAUCCUUAAUACCUUUACCAUCGAAAAAACCAUACCUCUCACUCGGCUCCUUACUCUUGAACGCUAGUAAAACCCUUGGAGAUCAUGCUCUCAAUGCUAUUUGAAAGUUGUGCAUAUAAUCGUGUCAUUAUUCUAGCCAUAAAGUGAUUAUUCAAAUUUAAUAUCAGUAAUAACCAUGCGUGUCCAUUCACAGUUUUUCUAAAUUUUGACUGCUUAUCGCAAGUUUUCGCAAAACUAGCAUAGUCUCAUUUUAAAGAGAAAAUUAAAGGAUUUUGAAUGAGUAUAGUGUGAUCGUGGGCGUUCACGGGCGUCAUUGUUGUUAUCGCAUUAGAAGUUCGCAUUCAAUAAAAAUUCAUGACAAACAGUUAUCUAAACACUAAUUAAACCAACUAGUGACUUAUUUUUCGCAAUUUUACGAUGUAAUUUAAUCACGCGGAUAAUUUUGGUGAAAAAAUGCCAUGCAUAAAAUACACCGUUUCUUUGAAAAACGAAAAUAACCCUAUGUAGGUCCUAUGGUCAAAUAAUGCAAAAAACACAUAAGUUAUGCCCUUCAAAAAGUUGCUAAAAAUUCAUUUUACGUUCAAAUCACCCAAAAUCUCACAAAAAUGUCUCUGAUGGCUCAGCUCAAGGUGUUUAGAGUUCUAAGGUGAUUCGUCUUUGGCAGUAACUAGGUGAGGAGUGAGGUAAGCGUGCAGCAGACUGCGGGGAAGAAAAAUGACAGCCAACAACUUUGUUUACCCACUGAAAUCCAAGCAAGCAAAUGGAGAGAUCUAGUAAACAAUGUUGUUAGCUGUCGUUUCUAAAACCAACAUGGCUGAUCGGCGUUUUUGAGGAUCGUAUCACCUGAGAAUAAAAACUCCUUGGCUCAGCUGAUAGGAGAAAAAUACUAGUGAGAAUAUCGCACAAGCUUCAUAUAUGGACUUAGGUCCGGGCUCGUCCCACUGUGCUUUGCGAUGCGAGUUUUAUUUUCAUUGUUAAUACUGUUUUUUUACGUCUGACGUCGAAAAUAUAAAUCCAAAAUGGCAGAUUCAAUAUGGCGACUGUGCUUGGCUAAAUUUCAAGUUUUUUUAUUGGCCGAAAAUGUUUUAAAAGGUGGUUUUCGGGGUCGCUGAUUUUGAUUCUGACUUUAGAACUGUCAAAUUAAAAAUAGCGGAUCUAAUAUGGCGACUGGGUUUGACCAAUCUCAUGUUUUAUUUUGGGGUUACUGAUCAUGAUGGUGACGUUAUCACUUAAUUUCGUGAUAGCGGAUCCAAUAUGGCGACUUCAUUAGGCAAAAUUGUAAAGUUUGCGAAUUUCGUAAAAAAUGGUUGCCAUUUAGUAGGCACAAGUUUGAACUAUCGAAUUCUGACAUCAGAAUCGUAAUCAGCGACCCCAAAAACACUCGUAAAUCGGGUUUUAUGCGCAUUGUAACAAAAUUCGCAAAUUUCGUAAAUGGCUUCAAAUUCUGUUAUCAGAAUCGUAAUCAGCGACCUCGAAAAUCACAUAAUCUAUCUUUAUACUAGUUGAGAAGUUAUCCCCGACUCUCAGAAUCUUCUAAAGACCAACAUAAUAAUAAGCUCUAUUUUUGCAUAUUUUGAUAAAUUUUUUCAAAAAAAACUGACCUGCGUAAAAUGCUGCAAAAAAAUCUUUGAAAAAAAUGUUUGAGCUAAUUGCGAAUUUUUUUUGGAUCUCUAGGAGUUUUAGUUCAGACACAGCCAAAUUUAUUAUGAAAAACGAGAUUGUCGAUUUUUAAUUGUUUACAAUUAAUAAGCAAUUAUCAAAUUCACAUUAUUUUUGUGCUAGUUGUACUCCUUACAUCCCUAAGAUUUGAUUAAAAGAAAGAAUUCGUAUUUGUAUGUCUACGCUAACCAGAAAUCCAAUAAAAAACUUAGGAGAAGAAGGUGGGACGUAUACGUGCCAGUGCGUCGCAAAGGGUUAAUGAAAAAUUAGAAAAUUUAUUUCCGCAUCUAGCGACCAUAAAAAUCGAUUGAAAAUUUCCGGUUAAUAUUUUUUUCCAAACUAGAAACUUGCUCGCAUGAACUCUGUAGAGCACGAAAAAAUAGGCAUAUUUUGAAAAUUUUACUUGACGCAUUGGUAACAUCAGUGGCGGAUUCAUGGGAAGGGUCCUGGGAGUCGGAACUCUCACCGGAAUUUUUUUUAACUUAUUGAGGUUUUUUAAAUAGUUUCCAUUAUAAUUCGUUCUAAACUCAAUCAUUCCAAACCAAAUUCGACCACCAAAACUGAUUUUUAUUAAAUCCAUACCAAAUUUGCAAAAGGGCGAAUAAGAUUUGUAAACAAACUUUUGUUUUGAUGGUUUCUCUUAAUUUACUAUAAUUUCAAAGCAGAAAACAAUUGAAAUUACUUCUACGAAGGGUAAAAAUUUACAUUAACGCAUAUUUCUCAUGAAAUUCCACUCUGCAGCAGACUAAUGAGCGAAACAAGUUUGUUUACAAAAAACACUUUCGCCCUUUUGACGAAUUAAUAUUGAAAUGAGGUUAUAAUUAGGUUAUGAGGUAUUGUGCAAUGAACAUUUCAAAAUCGAAAUUUCAAAAUUUGUUCCUGGAUUUGCCCUUGGUAAAGAUGACUUGGGAUGCCGUAAAAUGGGAUUUUGAAUAGUAGUUUAGAUGUACCAAAAAUGGAAAUUUCAAGUAUUUUCAACACAAGAAUGCAGCUGGACAGUAUUUUCCCGCAGGCGAGUUCUUUUAGAAAGGGGCCAUGGCCGGAAAUCUAUCUCCCGUAAUCUUUAACUUAGAGCCAAGUAUAAAAGUUUUUUCGAUUCCUUAGUGUUAGUUCAGAAAGUUGAUGAGCGCUCUACAUGGAAGCGCCUAUCGGUGGGAAACAUGCUUAAGAUAAUGCCGUGUGCAAAUACCAAAAAUACAUUCAAGGCCUAUACUCAGCAAACGUGAAAUAAAAUAACAUAAUACUAACAAUUCUCGACAAACACUCGAUUAUGGCUCAAAAGCUACCAACGGCAGUGCUCGGCGCUUAAUGGUUCAUCCGGAAUUUCCCCCCAAAGUGAAUUUUGACAGUUUGCUUUUGAGCCCUAAUCAUAUGUUUGUCGAGAAUUAACCCUUUUCGGUAUGACUUUAUUCUCCACACUUAUCACGAUAGAAAGCGACGUGCGAAGAAUUUUUGCGAUAUUUUGAGUUUUUGCGAAAUGGCACACUUUUAAUAGAAAAACACUAAAAACGUCAUAGCAAUCGGCAAAAAAUUGCUCAAUGCAAUGAAAAAAGAAAAUCUUAUGUACGUCGCUGGAGAAAGUAAUUUCGAAUUGUACACUGUAAAAAUUGCAGAGCGAUAAAAAUCAUUUGUUUGCGGAAUUGCCAUUGCAAAGAAAAAUGUUCGGGAUCCGAAAUUCGCCAUAUGUCUGGUCCUGAAAAUAUUUAACGGACAAAAAAAUUACCUACGGGAGUGUUCAGGAUAUUUAAUAAAUACGCAACCAGAUUAUUGUAAGGUUGAAAUAAGAAUUUUCUUCGUCUGGUAACAAAAAGGAGUAAUCUUAUACCUGCCCGGCAGACCCUUGAUGACAGGGCGGCCUAGGUGCGUCUUCAGAGAAUUUCGGAUCUUCAAACGAGUACAUUAAUUUUACCGUGUUUUAUUCUGGCGUAUUUCUCUGCUGCUAAAUGCUGCUGUCGCUAACUGAAUUGAUAAUGAGUAGGCGGGAGGCUCCCUUUGGCCGUUUGGAACUCCAACGGAUGCGUUUUUUAAGAAUUUUCGUCGGCGUCGGCUUCUUCAAUUUGAUAUAUCUGAGGGGAUCACUAUUCACAAUCUUACAGAAUAUUGAUGUGUAAUGCGACAAAAAUAAUUGCUUACAAAAAUAACUUUAUCGAUUUCAAAAGAUUUUGUCUCGUAUCCACGAAUGAUCACGUGGCCUGAAAAGAUUAUUGGGUUCUACCUGUAAAUUGAUUUUAUUGAAAUAAACAGUAAUUAUCGGUACCAUUCUUGGUCCGUAUCAUUAUACUGAGCGAGCUAGCGAUCUUAACACGGCCCUUUUGUCGUCAAAUGAACUGCGACAUGAACCAGAAUAAAAAUGCAUCAAUUCGCCUUUUUUGCCGCCGUAGCAGCUGUAGUAUGAUUGCAGUUGCCCGUCAAACGCAGAUCGCUCGUUGGUUAGCCAGAGCCGUCAAUAUGGGGCUGUUGCACUGCGUGUUCGUUUGUAUCAUUCAUCGCUAGCCUGCCAAACACGCAACAUCAUGGCUAUAACGUCCGGGCGGUACAGUAAGUGGUUAAACACCGUCAAUCAUGUACAAACAUGCACUCGUUUCUGUAUCGUGUGCAGAGCUAGUCACGUGCGCGAUUUAAAACGAACGAGUUUAGUAAUUCUAGGGUAUGGCUCGAGUUGUGUACACUCGAUGAUUUGCAAAAUGAAGUUGCUAGGGUAAGUUUGGAUUGAGUUUAGCAGUUCUGUUCAGUUGAAAAAAAUGGGCUGGUAAUUUCCAUGUCAAAAUGCUUUUGGCGGCUUGUAGGUAACUACGGUAUUGAAUCUAUUGGCACACACUUUCAUAAUUCGGAUAUUCGAAGUGCGUUUUUAUUACUAAGGCAUCUGAUAACAUGCUUCUGUAGGUAUUUCUAAACGACGGGCGGACUCAAUUGAGUUUGUGCUUACUUAAAGCGGGUGGUCAGAUCGACUUGCAAGCAUUAUUUUUAUAUCGAUCGAAUUCCGUAGGGCAUAAUCAGCAGUGGGGGUUUCUAUAUAGGAGUUUCAAAGUGAAAUUAGAACGGAAACGAUCACAGAUUAUUAUUGCUUUAUUAUUUCAAACAGCCUUUUUCGAUCUUUGAAACUUAUAUAUGCUGCUAUUCGGUUUGUUGCUUCAUUUGAAAUUUGAAACACAUUUGAAACACACUUCGGGUUGGACCCCGCACCGCAAGGACGCCAACUUUAAGGGGGUGGAGGGCGCUGAAAUUUUUAACUGCUUUAUAAAAUAAGAGGUUAAGUCAUAAAAUAAAUUUAGAUGCAUAAACCCCAGAAGAACACGCUACGGCUUUGUCAGUCCCAUUCAGAUUUAUUCACAAUAAAUAGUUGUAUUAUCAAAUCUAAAGUGUAUAAAAGAAUAAAUAACGAACGUGUUUGAGUUGUAAGCCACUGCAAAGACUUGAAAGAUAACGGAAAUUAUUACAAACUUCAUCGCUCGUUUUGACAAUUUUCUAGCAACACAAUUGGGGUAUAAAUGUGAUCAUAGACAGUACAGUACACAAUCUCCUUAAAACUGUAGCAAAGAUCGUGGAGUAAGCUAGAUCCAUUAUCAUCGAGAGAUAAUCCUAUGUCGUACCGUGAGAAUUGAAGUUCCCAAUACACUAAUCUGGUUAAAAUAAUCAACCACUUGGAAUUUUUGGUGUUUUUUUGGUGCUGAAAACACCUUUUAAUCUCAACUGUCCAAAAUCAGGAGCUGUUUGCUUCGAAUUUGUGUCACUGGUUCCUCGAGCUGUUGUAUUUAACGGACUCUCAAGAGAAAAAAAUAGCAUUUACAAGCAAUCUCAUCCGCUUAGAGUUUUUAGUUUUUAGGAACAGUAACAAAUGUCCCCUAAUGGGAAUUGUCUUUUUGAGCUAAGAGAGCAUAAUAAUUUGAGUGAGUGGCAUAGCUUUGCUCAGAAUUUCUUCAAAAAAGUGCUUAGAAAAUCUUUUGAGGAAAAGCCUCAGAUUCUUCAGACACACGGCCUUAUUCUGCGCGGCGUAUGACGUGAGACUACUAAACUCACCUCACUUUAUGUGACUUUUCUCACCCGACUCUGAGAGUCGACUCGGGUAAUGUGAGAUUCCCCAUUGCUGUUAAAUGGGCGUCUCACGUCACCCGAAGUGACUCUUCAGAAUUGGGUGAGAAAAGUUACGUAGAGUGAGCUGAGAUUAGUCGUCUCACGUCGCACGCGGCGCAGAAUUGGGCCGACUGUAUUUACGCGGGGCUUUGUAAUAGAUCAUGUUGACUCUCCCCACAAUAUGCAGAUCCUAAUGAUUCUCUGUGAACUUGCCGCCGACGUAAUCAACUAAAGCAGUCCCGCCAAAGGUCACCAGAUACGGGUUUGAAGAGACGUAACUUUUUGUCCUAUCCUGUCCGAUUGCCGUUAAAAAUCAUCGCUCACUGGAGUGAGGGUUUAUUCAAACAGCCAACCCCGUGUUUUAGUAGAUAAACACAAAACCAACUAGAAUCGGUAAUCACACUGUCGAUCUCUACUUUAUGAGCGAGCAUGUAGAUACGGUAGUUUUACAUAAAUGACUUGUCGCGAAUAGUGUAAUUUGCUUGCUUUAAACGGGAUAUUACAAUUCUGUGCUUAUCUGGGCGAACUUUCUAGAUAUAUGUAAUGGCUGAAUAUUUUUUCGAGAUCCUGAAAAUACAUAGCUGAUCACCUUUGUUCACCAAGAAGAUCUGAUACGGCCCGAUCGAGUGCUAUGUGUAUGAUUUUAGGCUGGAAAUCGGAGUCUUUGAUGACUUUUCCGAAAGAAUAUACGGAAAUUGUGUGAGAUUAAAUGAUAACACAAACAUGGUGUCAUCUAUAAAAAGUUUGGUUUUAAGUGCGCAGCUGCCAAUUAAUUGCCAGAUUAUCAGUUUCUGAACAAAUAGCUGGGGGCCUUGUGUUAGAUAAAACUUUUGUCCUGUAGCAUGCAGAAACAGGUUUUUAGUAUGGAUACGUGCAGGAUCAAUUUUCUGUUCUCAGUUUUUUAAUGAUCGUAUCAAGCAGGGCCGGCGUUACACUUUUAGCACGAGUGGGUAGUAAGCAUAGGGUGAGGGUAAUAGAAUAGGGAUUUGUCUCAUUUUCGCAAUACACACAUUUGCAUUACAUUUACAUUAAAUCACUUGCAGUGUGUUUGUGUAAAUGAAAUUGUUGUGCAUCGAUAUUUUCAAAUGUGUGCCCGUGAUACAUACGUGGCAGAUUUCAAAUUUAUGAAAAUGUCCAAAAUUUCGAGUGGGUAAUUAUCCACUCGGUUAUUUUCGAGUGGGUAGUACUACCCAUACUACCCACACUAUCCGCCGGCCCUCGUAUCAAGACGGAACUUCCACCAGUGAACCGUGUAUUUUCCAAACAAAUCCCUAUCUAAACAUUCCAAAUCCGUCCGGUAGCUUCGCUGAUUUAGAAUAAAGUGUCCGGAUUCAAAAUGAUUUCAACUUGUCUUGGCUGAGAUUCAACAUGUUCUUAAUUGGGUCAUUAAAUGAGAAAAACAAAUCUUUUUUUUUUAUUACAUACAUCGAUAAAGCUGAUUUUCGUGAUCACAACAAUGUUUUUUCCAACUCAGGUAAUUUAAAAUUUAAAUUUAAAGUAAGGAAAUAUGUUGACAGUCUUGAUUUGACACUAUUAGAAGCAUUUGACAUAUCAAAUUAUACGACAAAUGAUGCCCUGUCAGAAAAAAAUGAAUACAUGUCUUCUCGCAGGGUUAUUUUUAUUUGCUAUAAGCACCAUCCAAUGCAUAUAGUUUUUAUUCAUUUUGGGUGUUGUCUUGAUAGGCCAGAUGUAAACAACCGCAGUUUUCCUAUGUAUGGUUGUCUAUGUUUACAUAAGAUUUAUUGCAAAAAACAAAAAAAUCGGUUUUACGUAUUACAACGAAUUAUUUUUUAAAUAAUGUUAUAUUAUGUAUAUUGGACCUAAAAUUUAUCGAAAACUGUAUAUUGCUUAAUGACCCAAUUUGCUCUCAGCCAAUUCGGUAACUGACUAUAUUUGCCGCAACUUUCAAUAAUUUCAUGUUUUCUCGCAGGCACGUUGCACGACCGGGUUGAC